GUAAUUAGACUUUUCUUUAAUAUCACUUGUGCCAAUAACUAUGUCAAAAGCCUGUUUUUGCAGCUGCAGGCAAAUACUUUGGUCACUGAAAAAAAAAAAUGUGGGGCAAAACACGCCUGUGCACGCUGCUUGCCUGUGGACCAGGAAGUGAUGCGGAGCAUUGUACAGGUAUGGGUAAAAGACUCUGGAAUCACUGCAGUUCCUGUCACUAGUUAAAAUGAUUGGCUACCAUUAGUGACGCAGAAAAGGAUAUAGAAGGAUGGUAUAAAUUGUGGGGAAAAACCACUUUCAUUUGGAGAGCAGCCGAAGUUUGAAGAAAACCGGACAAACCCAGAAUAUCCAGUCAGAACUGAACCUGUAUUUGGGCCACAGCAUGACACAGCAAGUGGAUAAAAGGUGUUUGCACUAUCAGGUAAUUGGAUUGAUGGUAGUGUUAGCCGUCUUCUCUGGACUUGGAGACACUAAAGAGAAGUCAGAGGAUGCGAUCCUAUACAACACAACACACAGUAACGGAAGUGGAGAGGAACCGCGAGUUUUGGCUAUUCAAAGGCCCUGCGGUCCAGAACACGAGGGAUUCUGUGUCAAUGGCGUAUGUUCCUACUCCUCCGACCUGGAAACCCCUAUCUGUCGGUGUGACAAAAUGUACAGCGGUGUGCGCUGUGAACAUGUUAUUUUGGACACCCAACAAUUGUCUAGUCCUGAAGAAGUCAUUGGAAUUAGCUGUGGUGUAGUUUUAUUACUGGGAAUCAUCGUCGGACUGAUGUACUGCUGUUUAAAGAAAAGGUGUCGGAAGUCAUCACCACCCUACAAGAACUAUGGCUCUGAAAACUCUGUUUAAUUUAUUGGACCAGAUAUAAUUCAUGCUCUUAAAUAAAGUGCUUUUAGGCCUAAGACAAGAAGGAGGACAAAAUAUCAAGACCGAUUCUACCA